AUGUACUCCCAUUUUCUUUUCUCAAUCUGCCAUUUCAACCCCCAUUUUCUGGUAUCUUUUCUAUUCACUUUUUUUGUCUCUUUUCUCUCCAUGUUUCGUAUUGUCUCUUUUCUCUUCUUUUUUUCUUACUGUCUCUUUUCUCUUCUUUUUCUCUUACUGUCGCUUUUCUCUCCUUUUUUUUCUUACUUUUAUCUAUUUUUUUUUAUUGAUCCCUUUUACUCCUCUUUUGUUAUUCUCUCUUUUCUCUCCCUUUUUGAUAUUCUCUUUCUUUUUUCAUUAUUUUUCUUUUCUCUCUUUUUCAUUUUAUCUCUUUUCUCUCCUUUUUUGUUCUCAUGUUUUCUCUUGUUGUCUCGUCUUUUUUCUCAUCUUUUUUCAUUUCUUUUUUCUCAUCUCUUUUCUCUCCUUUUUCUAGCCUCUCUCUCUAUCUCUCUCCCUCUCUCUGUCUGUCUCUAUCACUCUUGUCUCAAACCAUUUCCCAUACUUAAAUCCUCUGUGUCUUUUUCUAUCAAUGUCUCUUCUCUCUCUCUUUCCACUCUCUCCCUCUUCGACAUCGGUUUCUCUCUCUCUCUCUCUCUCUCUGUCUUCCACGUCGAUCUCUCUUUCUCUCCCCCUCUCUCUUUUCUGCGUCGGUCUCUCUCUGCUCUCUUCUUCUUUCACGUCGGUCUCUGCUUUCUUCUUCCGCGUCGGUCACUGCUCUCUCCCGCUUUCGCGUCGGACACUCUCUACCUCUUCCGCGUCAGUCUUUCUCUCCGCUCUCUCCCUCUUCCGCGUCGGUCGAUCUCUCUCUCUCUCUCUCUCUCUCUCUCUCUCUCUCUCUCUCUCUCUCGCAUCGGUCGCUCUCUCCACUCUCUGCUUCUUCCGCGUCGACCUCCCUCUGCUCUCUCCCUCUUGCGCGUCAGUAUCUCUCGACUCCCUCUUUAUCUCUCUGCUCUUUCUCUCUUCCCCGUUGGUCUCUCUCUCCGCUCACUCCCUCUUCCGCAUUGGUCUCUCUCUCCGCUCUCUCCGUCUUUCGCGGUGGUGUCCCUCUGCUCUCCCCCUCUUCUGUGUCGGUCUCUCUUUACUCUCUCCCUUUUCGCGGUGAUCUCUCUCCUCUCUCCCCCGUUGUUCUCUUUCGCGUUAGUCUCCCUCUGCUGUCUCCCUUUCGCAUCGGUCUCUCUCUGCUUUUUAUCUAUUAUAUUCUUCCUGCCAUCUUUCCUCGUCUCUCUUCAUUUUUGUCCUUCUUUAUAUAUCGUCUCUCCGUUUAUCCCUUGUUUCUCUUUUCAUUCUACACAUCUCGCCACUUGUCUCUCUUCUCCUCUUUUGUCUCUCUUCUCCUCUUUUGUCUCUCUCCUCCUCUUUUGUCUCCCUUCUUCUCUUUUGUCUCUCUUCUCCUCUUUCGUCUUUCUCCUUCUCUUUUGUCUCUCUUCUCCUCUUUCGUCUCUCUCCUCCUCUUUUGUCUCCCUUCUUCUCUUUUGUCUCUCUUCUCCUCUUUCGUAUUUCUCCUUCUCUUUUGUCUCUCUUCUCCUCUUUCGUCUUUCUCCUUCUCUUUUGUCUCUCUCCUCCUCUUUCGUCUCUCUCCUCCUCUUUUCUUUUUCUCCUUCUCUUUUGUCUCUCUCCUCCUCUUUUGUCUCCCUUCUUCUCUUUCGUCUCUCUCCUCCUCUUUCGUCUUUCUCCUUCUCUUUUGUCUCUCUCCUCCUCUUUCGUCUUUCUCCUCCUCUUUCGUCUUUCUCCUCCUCUUUCGUCUUUCUCCUUCUCUUUUCCUCUUUCGUCUUUUUCUCCUUCUCUUUUUUCUCUCUCUUCCUCUUUCGUCUUUUCUCUUUUGUCUCUCUCCUCCUCUUUUGUCUCCCUUCUUCUCUUUUGUCUCUCUCCUCCUCUUUCGUCUUUCUCCUUCUCUUUUGUCUCUCUCCUCCUCUUUCGUCUCCCUUCUUCUCUUUCGUCUUUCUCCUCCUCUUUCGUCUUUCUCCUUCUCUUUUGUCUCUCUCCUCCUCUUUUGUCUCCCUUCUUCUCUUUUGUCUCUCUCUUCCUCUUUCGUCUUUCUUCCUUCUCUUUUUUGUCUCUCCUCCUCUUUUUGUCUUUUCUUCUCUUUCGUCUCUCCUCCUCUUUCGUCUUUUCCUUCUCUUUUGUCUCUUCCUCCUCUUUCGUCUCUUUCGUCUUUCUCCUCUUUCGUCUCUCCUCCUCUCUUCUUUCUUUCUCUCUCUCCUCCUCUUUCGUCUCUCUCUCUCUUUUCCUCUCUCUCCUCCUCUUUCGUCUUUCUCCUUCUCUUUCGUCUCUCUCCUCCUCUUUCGUCUUUCUCCUUCUCUUUUGUCUCUCUCCUCCUCUUUUGUCUCUCUCCUCCUCUUUUGUCUCUCUCUUCCUCUUUCGUCUUUCUCCUUCUCUUUUGUCUCUCUCCUCCUCUUUUGUCUCCCUUCUUCUCUUUCGUCUCUCUCCUCCUCUUUCGUCUCUCUUCUCCGCUUUUGUCUCUCGUCUCCUCUUUUGUCUCUCUCCUCCUCUUUCGUCUCUCUUCUCCUCUUUUGUUUCUCUGCCGAUCUAUUAAUAUUCUUGGGCCUCUAA